UUUUGUUGGGGUUUAUCUGUGCGAUAAUCAUUGAUAAGGGAUCUAUAUUCGAUCAGUUAGUUGUUAUGUGUUACAUAGACAUGGACUUGCCUGUAUCAGUGUUAACAACAAAGAGUUUGUUGUGUUAUUUGAAAUAGAUGGUAUAUACAUAUAUAUAAAAGUAGUAUACUUCAAUAGUGUGAUGAUAUAUUGGACUAUGUUAGUAUAAAAAGACUAAGAGUCAAUCAAGGUGUCUGAGUACGAGGGUUUGAGUGCCCCUGACGGAGUAAUGUCCCCUGACGUAGUCAUGUCCCUGUCGUAAUGCAGUGACGGUGAAUCACUAAAGAGAUGAAAAGUUAAAGAAACCCAAGGUGCAACAAUAUUGCAAAGUUAAUUACACAAAAAAAAAUUGUAAUAUUAUUUUUCUAAAGAAAGAAGUCUGAAGACUUUAAAACAGAGGAAGAAAAUAAGCUUUUAAUGUUAAAAAAAAUGGUGGAUUUAUGUUCUGAAUGCCGAUAGGCAGUUUCGUGCAUACAUAAUCUACUUAUAUAGGUUUACAAUAGACAGUAUUGGAGAAGUUAUGGCAAAGUUUGGUAGGUGACAGUAGGUCACAAGUGGGUAACUUGGACAAACUGUGGAUAAGAGAUAAUCUGUAUAAUAGGCUGAAGAACAAAGUUAAGGAUGGAAUUUCAAACUGUGACAAAGUUUGUUUGAUCUUUUUUGUGUAUUAAUUUGGGACACUAUGAGUACAUAUUAAGGCUGAGUUGUUUACUUAAAAGGUUAUUCAACAGUAGGGUGAAAAUGACUUCAUAGGUAAGAGUCAAGCUACAAGAUUUGGGUAUGUAGCAUUUAUGUGCGAUAGUUGUGUUUAAACAGCAAUGAUUGUGUUUGGUUGUGAAAAGGGAGGAACUGCUACUGUAAAUCAAAAUAAACGCCUUGAAAUUGGUUGCCUGUGAACAUUAAUUGCAUUUAAGUGAUAUGUAUGGGUGUUUUUAUUGUUAUGUUUUGCUUCAGUAAAUGUACGUUACAUUCUGUAAUAAUUGAAGGAGUACAAAACUGGAGUAAGCAUAAAGCUUUGUGAAUAUUCAAGAAAACAGAGAACAUUGAAGAAAAACAGUGAACAUUGAAGAAAAACAGAGAACAUUGAAGAAAAACAGAGAACAUUGAAGAAAAACAGUGAACAUUGAAGAACAACAGUGAAUAGUAUAGAAAAGCAGUGACUUUUGAAGAAAAAUGCUGUACAUUGUAAGACUUUGACUGCUGGUUCCCAAUUUGGAACAAGCAGAUUAAAAUAAAACUUGUGAAAUUAUUCUAAAUUUAUGGUCAGAUCAAAUAGUGUGAAAUAUAGGAAGAUUAAAUUAGGUCAUGUAAACAUGACAUGAUAUUUCUGUAAAGAACCUGACAAAAUUCUGACAAUUUUAAAAUAAUAGUUGUGAAUUAAUUAUAGAUUUAUAAACAUAUCAAAUAGUGUAAAAUUACAUGUGAUAUGAUUUUUCUGUAAAAGCAUUUUAUAACGUUCUGAAAAUAUAAGAAGAGGAAGAAUAGGUUAUGCAAAGUGGACAUGAUAUUUCUAUAAAAAUCAUUGUAUAACAUUAUGUAACAAUGUUACGUGAGGAGGAAAUGGAGAUUGCGAUUAAGGUGGUAGUGGUGGGGAAUGGAGCGGUGGGGAAAUCCAGCAUGAUUCAGCGAUAUUGCAAAGGCAUCUUUACAAAGGACUACAAGAAAACUAUAGGAGUGGAUUUCCUGGAGCGACAGAUUGAGGUACAGAGUGAGGACAUACGGUUGAUGCUGUGGGACACAGCGGGACAGGAGGAGUUUGAUGCCAUCACAAAAGCCUACUACAGAGGUGCCCAGGCGUGUGUACUGGCCUUCUCCACAGUAGACAGAGACUCCUUCGAGGCAAUUGAGUCCUGGAAACGCAAGGUGGAGGAUGAGGUAGGGGAGAUAAGCAUGGUGAUUGUCCAGAACAAGAUUGACCUCAUAGACGAUGCUGUUGUGAAAAAUGAUGAGGCAGAGGCGUUGGCUAAGAAGUUACGAUUGAGAUUCUACCGAACGUCAGUCAAGGACAACCUGAAUGUGGAAGAAGUGUUCAGAUACCUGGCUGAGAAGUAUCUACAGCAGUUGAAUAAUGAAGAAGAAGAUGACACGAUAGCGUGUCACGAGAUAGGAUCACAAUUAAACAACCCAGAACCAAACAACCACAUUGAAGAGCGAGUCAGAGACAGUUCCAAAAUUCUUUCCUACUCACCAAAAGUGAAAGUCAAGUCCGAGAAACAUAAGGACUCGAAAAACGGGAAAAUAAAAUUGACAUCUGCAUAUAAUGACGAUGGAACUAUCCACUUACAGCCAAGUAAAAGAAGGACUCAUGGGAAGAAGGCUGUUGUGUUUGGGAAGUGUUCAGUGUUAUAGCGAUUAUUUUAAUUACUCGUGCCAAUAACAGAUCUGACCGCUCAUUAGUGGGGUAUUGUGUAUAUAUUGGAAAUGAUCGUCUUCGACAGAGGUUCUACUGACUUGUAUCUGAAUUCAACUUGUUGCUCUUAGUUAUAGUUUGCUUGAGAGCAAUUCAGCCUUGCUUUGGGAAAACAGGGCUUAAUGCAUGUAUGUAGUUUUGUCCCAGAUUAGCCAGUGCAGUCUGCAUAGACUAUCAUUAAACCUGGAACAACACUUACCACUCAGACUGGACUUUCAUUUAGAAGAGAAAUCGUUAAAAAGAAACUUUCCAUAAAAUUGAAAAGUUUUGUCCCUGGUAAGCUUGCAAGGACUGCACAGGUUAAACUGGAAGAACAGUUUAUGCACUUUCUAGUACGGACUGCACAAGCUAAUCUGGGAAGAUAUGUUAGGCACAUGCUUUAAGCCCUGUUUUCACAUUUAAUUUGCAUUUAAAGUAGACAGGUUGUUUAUAUUUUAAACUAAAUUGAUGCAAUAUUAAGUUCUUGUGUAUUAAUUUGACAAUGCUGGUAUGUGAUGUUUUAAUUGAUGUUUUUAAUUAGCUCUACUGGCCAUAGGCCAGAAGAGCUUUUGGGAUGGCAUGGUUUCUGUCUGUCUGUGUGUGUGUGUGCGUUAGACUUUCUCUUGUUUAUCCGAUAAAGUCCACAUUUUUCAUCCGAUUCUUUUCAAACUUGUUCAGUGUGUUGAUAUUAAUGAGGACUCGAACCCUAUUGAAAAUGGGUUACAUCAGAGUAAAAAGUCCAGAAUUAUCUCCCCUUGAAUUUAAGAAAAUAGUGAAAUAAGGCUUGUUUACGCAAUAAAGUCCACAGUUUUCAUCCAAUCAUUUCCCGACUUGCACAGUGUCUUUAUCUGAAUGAUGAGUCAAACCCAAUUGAAAAUGAGCAAUAUCAGAGUUAUAAGUCCAGAAUGAUCUCACCUUGAAUUUGACAAAAAAAUGAAAAUCUUUAACAUUUUGCCAUAAUUUUUGCAAUAUUAAAGAUAGCAACUUCAUAUUUGGCAUGCAUGUGUAUCUCAUGGAACUGCACAUUUUGAGUGGUGAAAGGUCAAGGUCAAGGUCAUCCUUCAAGGUCAAAGGUCAAAAAAUCAAAGCGGCGCAGAAGGGGACAUAGUGUUUCCGACAAACACAUUUCUUGUUUGUUUACGUAUAAAGUUCUAUCCUUUUGAAACUUCAACGGAUGUUUUAUAUCAUCAAGGGCCAGAACCCCAUUGAGAGUGAAGAAAAUUUGUCCAACUUAUUGUUGAAAAGGAGCCAUUUGAAGUUUAAAUUUUACGUUUCUUCUUGUUUAUGCGAUGAAUUUCCCAUUUUGGGUCUGUUUGUUUAAAGCGGGUAUAUACGAUUUUUUAUAUGUGUUUAAUUGUAAUAUAUUGAUAAAAUAUGUUACAAUAACACAAAAUAGGCAAGACAGAUUAUACAUUAAAGCCGAAUUUCAUAAAAUGCAGCAAAGACAAAUUAGCGCCCCGAGCCGAUAGUGACGUACAUAUUUUCCUACAAUAACCGAAGCAUUAGUCUUUGUAUUAGGAUCGGAGAUAGUGUUUGUGUGUCGUAUGAAUAGAUAUCGUUGCAGAAUUUCAAAUAAACCGUUAAACUAAGUUUAGAUGCACAUCGUACAUGCAUGGUAUACAUGCUGGCGAAUUCGGCUGUGCAGCCGUUUUCAAUUUCAGAAUUAAAUAUCUGGCUUAUCUCGCAUUUUUCGACACAUGUUCUUCUUAACUUUUAUUUUAAUUUAUAUUGAAAUAUGUAUAUAAUAAGUUUUUUACACAGUUUAUAUAAAUUCAUAAAUAUUUGACUAAAUCGUAUAUACCCGCUUUAAAACUUACUCAUAUUGUUCAUACUAUCAAGGGCUUGAGCCCUAUUGAUUUCAGCCAGUAGAGCGAUUCAGGCCCUCAUGGGCCUCUUGUUUAGUUUUCUUUUCAAAUUAUUAUCUAAGUAACUUACAGACAAGUUAAACAUUAUAUGUUGAGCUUAAAUAAAUAGAAUGGCAACUAUUUUUGUACUUCAAUUUUGUUAAAACUUUUGUGGUGCUUUUGUUAUAACAAGUAAACCCAAACAUUAAUAGAGUUAACAAAAUGGUAAUAAAAUUAUAACCAUUUGAGACUUGUUCUCUGAAAACUGGGCUUAAUGCAUCUACAGAGGCUAAUCAGGAACAAUCUUUGUUUAGAAGAGACUUCCGUAAAAUGAAAAAUACCACAAGAGUGGAGAGUGUCGUCCCUGUGGGAUUGCACUUUACGCACAUGCAUUAAGGCCAGUUUUCCCAGAAAGGGUCUACUUUAAUUUUCAAUCACAGUUGUAAAACGGUGCUUAUUUAUAUAUUUCUUUUGAUAGAAAUAUUUCACAAAAUUUGUAAAAUUUAUUACAAGGUUAAAACACACAAGACCAAUUAUUUUACACUACAAUAUCACUUUGGAAAUUCACACAAGUCGUUUUUGUAAUACCUCACGAUGCCAAUGCAAAGUUUCCGUUUCCUUACCAUUCAUUUGUGUACAUUU